AUGGAGGUGUCUGGCUCCCGGCGUGCGCAGACGCGGACGCAGGACGGCGCGUGGACGGCCGGUUCUGGGCCUCGGUCUCGGGGGAGACGAGAUGGGUUCCGACGGCUGUCCGCAGCUCGCAGCUCCAGUGGGGACCUGGACAGGAACAACAUCACCAGGAUCACCAAGACAGACUUCGCCGGGCUCAAGAACCUCCGAGUCCUGCAUCUGGAGGAGAACCAGGUCAGCGUCAUCGAGAGAGGCGCCUUCCAGGACCUGAAGCAGCUGGAGCGACUGCGCCUGAACAAGAAUAAACUCCAGGUGCUUCCAGAACUGCUGUUCCAGAGCACGCCGAAGCUCGCCAGACUAGACCUGAGCGAGAACCAGAUCCAGGGCGUCCCCCGGAAGGCGUUCAGGGGCCUCGCCGACAUCAAGAACCUGCAACUGGACAACAACCGGAUCAGCUGCAUCGAGGACGGAGCCUUCCGGGCGCUGCGGGACCUGGAGAUCCUCACUCUCAACAACAACAACAUCAGCCGCAUCCUGGUCACCAGCUUCAACCAUAUGCCCAAGAUCCGGACUCUGCGCCUCCACUCCAACAACCUGCACUGCGACUGCCACCUGGCCUGGCUGUCGGACUGGCUGCGCCAGCGAAGGACGGUGGGCCAGUUCACCCUGUGCAUGGCGCCCGUGCACCUGCGAGGCUUCAACGUGGCCGACGUGCAGAAGAAGGAGUUCGUGUGUCCAGGCGCCCCCUCGGAGGCCCCGACCUGCAGCGCCAGCUCCCUCUCCUGCCCGUCCGCCUGCACCUGCAGUAACAACGUGGUGGACUGUCGGGGCAAAGGCCUGACCGAGAUCCCCACGCCCCUGCCCGACGGCGUCGUGGAAAUACGCCUGGAACAGAACGCCAUCAAGUCCGUCCCCGCGGGAGCCUUCACCCAGUACAAGAAGCUGAAGCGCAUAGACAUGAGCAAGAACCAGAUCUCCGACAUCGCUCCCGACGCCUUCCAGGGCCUCAAGUCCCUCAUGUCACUGGUGCUCUACGGGAACAAGAUCGCCGAGAUCCCCAAGGGGCUGUUCGACGGGCUGGUGUCCCUGCAGCUGCUCCUCCUGAACGCCAACAAGAUCAACUGCCUGCGGGUGAACGCCUUCCAGGACCUGCAGAGCCUGCGCCUGCUCUCGCUCUACGACAACAAGCUGCAGACCCUCAGCAAGGGGCUCUUCGCGCCGCUGCAGGCCAUCCAGACGCUCCACUUAGCGCAGAACCCCUUCGUGUGCGACUGCCAUGUGCGGUGGCUGGCCGAGUUCCUGCAGGACAACCCCGUGGAGACGAGCGGGGCGCGCUGCGCCAGCCCCCGCCGCCUGGCCAACAAGCGCAUCAGCCAGGUCAAGAGCAAGAAGCUCCGCUGCUCAGGCUCCGAGGACCUCCGCAGCCGGCUCGGCAGCCCGUGCUUCAUGGACCUGGUGUGUCCCGAGAAGUGUCGCUGCGAGGGCACCGUGGUGGACUGCGCCGGCCAGAAGCUGACCCGCGUCCCCAGCCACCUCCCGGAGUACGUCACCGACCUAAGGCUCCACGACAACGAGAUCUCGGUUCUGGAAGCCACGGGCGUCUUCAAGAAGCUGCCCCACCUCCGGAAGAUAAACCUGAGCAACAACAAGAUCCGGGAGGUGCGGGAGGGCGCCUUCGACGGGGCGGCGGGCGUGCUGGAGCUCGUGCUGACCGGGAACCUGCUGCAGACGGUGCAGGGACGCGCCUUCCGCGGGCUCGGCGGGCUCAGGACCCUGAUACUGAGGAACAACCUGAUCAGCUGCGUGGGCAACGACACCUUUGCCGGGCUGAGCUCCGUGCGGCUGCUCUCCCUCUACGACAACCGCAUCGCCACCAUCACCCCCGGGGCCUUCACCACGCUCGUCUCCCUGUCCACCAUCAACCUCCUGUCCAACCCCUUCAACUGCAACUGCCACCUGGCCUGGCUGGGGCGCUGGCUGAGGCGGCGGCGCGUGGUGAGCGGGAACCCGCGCUGCCAGAAGCCGCCCUUCCUCCGGGAGAUCCCCAUCCAGGACGUGGCCGCCCAGGACUUCACCUGCGACGGCAACGGGGAGAGCAGCUGCCAGCCGAGCCCCCGCUGCCCGGAGCCCUGCACCUGCGUGGACACCGUGGUGCGGUGCAGCCACAGGGGGCUGCGUGCCCUGCCCGGGGGCCUGCCCAGGGACGUCACGGAGCUGUACCUGGAGGGAAACCACUUGACCACGGUGCCCAAGGAGCUGGCUGCCCUCCGCCACCUGACACUCAUCGACCUGAGCAACAACAGCAUCAGCGUGCUGACCAACUACACCUUCAGCAACAUGACCCACCUGUCUACCCUCAUCCUGAGCUACAACCGGCUGCGGUGCGUCCCGGCCCACGCCUUCCACGGCCUGCGGUCUCUGCGCGUUCUGACCCUCCACGGCAACGACAUCUCCAGCGUCCCCGAGGGCUCCUUCCGCGACCUGACGUCCCUGUCCCACCUGGCGCUGGGGACCAACCCUCUGCACUGCGACUGCAGGCUGCGCUGGCUCUCCGAGUGGGUGAAGGCCGGGUACAAGGAGCCCGGCAUCGCCCGCUGCCGCAGCCCCGAGCCCAUGGCCGACCGCCUCCUGCUCACCACCCCGGCGCACCGCUUCCAGUGCAGGGGCCCCGUGGACGUCAGCAUUGCCGCCAAGUGCAACGCCUGCCUCUCCAGCCCCUGCCAGAACAACGGCACGUGCAGCCAGCACGCGGGGGACGGCUUCCGCUGCACCUGCCGCCCGGGCUACGAGGGCGAGGACUGCGCGGUGCCCAUCAACCCCUGCAUCCAGAACCCCUGCCGGCACGGAGGCACCUGCCACCUCAGCCAGGCCCACCCCACGGGGUUCAGCUGCUCCUGUCCCCUGGGCUUCGAGGGGGAGCAGUGCGAGAUCAACCCGGACGACUGCGACGACAACGACUGUGAGAACAACGCCACCUGCGUGGACGGCGUCAACAACUACGCGUGCGUGUGCCCGCCCAACUACACAGGGGAGCUGUGUGACGAGGUGAUCGACCACUGUGCGCCUGAGAUGAACGCCUGUCAGCACGAGGCCAAGUGCGUGUCCCUGGACAAGGGGUUCAGGUGUGACUGCGCGCCCGGCUACAGCGGGAAGUUCUGCGAGACGGACGACGAUGACUGUGUGGAUCACAAGUGCCGCCACGGGGCCCCGUGCGUGGACGCGGUGGACGGCUACACGUGCCUCUGCCCCCAGGGCUUCAGCGGGCCCCGGUGCGAGCACCCCCCGCCCAUGGUCCUGCUGCAGACCAGCCCCUGCGACCAGCACGAGUGUCAGAACGGGGCCCAGUGCAUCGUGGUGCAGCAGGAGCCCGCCUGCCGCUGCCCGCCGGGCUUCGCGGGGCCCCGCUGCGAGAAGCUCGUCACCGUCAACUUCGUGGGCAAGGACUCGUACGUGGAGCUGGCCACCGCCAAGGUGCGGCCCCAGGCCAACAUCUCCCUGCAGGUGGCCACGGACAAAGACAACGGGAUCCUCCUCUACAAGGGGGACAACGACCCCCUGGCGCUGGAGCUGUACCAGGGCCACGUGAGGCUGGUGUACGACACCCUGAGCUCCCCGCCCACCACGGUGUACAGCGUGGAGACCGUGAACGACGGACAGUUCCACAGCGUGGAGCUGGUGAUGCUGAACCAGACCUUGAACCUGGUGGUGGACAAGGGCGCCCCCAAGAGCCUGGGGAAGCUGCAGAAGCCGCCCGCGGUGGGCGCCAGCAGCCCCCUCUACCUGGGAGGCAUCCCCACCUCCACGGGGCUCUCGGCCCUGCGCCAGGGCACGGAGCGGCCGCGCGGGGGCUUCCACGGCUGCAUCCACGAGGUCCGCAUCAACAACGAGCUGCAGGACUUCAAGGCCCUCCCGCCGCAGGCCCUGGGCGUCUCCCCCGGCUGCAAGUCCUGCUCCGUGUGCAAGCACGGCCUGUGCCACGCGCUGGAGAAGGACAGCGUCGUGUGCGAGUGCCACCCGGGCUGGGCCGGCCCGCUCUGCGACCAGGAGGCCCGCGACCCCUGCCUCGGCCACAGCUGCAGCCACGGCAAGUGUGUGGCCACGGGCCGCUCCUACGUGUGCAAGUGUGCCGAGGGCUACGGAGGGCCCCUGUGUGACCACAAGAACAACUCCGCCAGCGCCUGCUCGGCCCUCAAGUGCCACCACGGGCAGUGCCACGUGUCACGUGACGGGGAGCCGCACUGCGUGUGCCAGCCCGGCUUCAGCGGGGAGCACUGCGAGCAGGAGAGCCCAUGUGUGGGCGAGGUGGUCCGCGAGGCGGUGCGCAGGCAGAAGGGCCACGUGUGGUGUACCACGGCCUCCAAGGUGCCGGUGCUGGAGUGCCGGGGGGGCUGUGGGCCCCGGUGCUGCGGGCCGGUGCGCAGCAAGCGGCGCAAGUACGUGUUCCAGUGUCCGGACGGCUCGUCGUUCGUGGAGGAGGUGGAGAGGCACCUGGACUGCGGCUGCCGGCCCUGCUCGUGAGCCCGGCCCCGGCCCCGAGAGCCCCAGACAGGACGCGAGACGAAGAGAGUAUUAAGUAUAUUGUAAAAUAAACAAAAAAUAGAACUUAUUUUUAUUAUGGAAAGUGACUAUUUUCCUCUUUUAUUAUAUAAAUCUGUCACACCGUCUGAGUGUAUGGACCCUCCAGUGCGUUGUACCCCGGUUUUGUGUUGUGCUGUGUAUUUGUUGUGUUUUGAUAAAGACAAGACAGACUAAUAAAACAUGUUGAAAACAAAAG